UUCCCCCAUUUAGCCUUCAAAUUCUACUUCCGGUAACGAAAUUUUGUAUAUGAUACGUUAUACCGCCAAUCAAAAUAUUUUUGGGUUGCUUCAUAUUGAAGCAAAAAUCUAAUUCAUCAUGAAACUUGUAAGGUUUCUUAUGAAAUUGAGUCAUGAAACUGUUACAAUUGAACUAAAAAAUGGUACUCAAGUUCAUGGAACUGUUACAGGUGUUGAUGUCAGUAUGAACACUCAUUUGAAAGCUGUUAAGAUGACUGUUAAGAACAAAGACCCUCAGCAGCUUGACUCUCUGAGCAUUAGAGGAAACAAUAUCCGUUACUACAUUCUCCCUGACAGCUUGCCAUUGGAUACAUUAUUGAUAGAUGACGCUCCACGAUCAAAAGCAAGAGGGAAAAGAGAAGCACCAGUUGGAGCAAGAGGACGAGGGCGUGGUGGCCCUAGGGGACGUGGACGAGGUGGCCCAAGGGGAGGAGGUGGUGGCGGCGGUGCACGAGGUGGUGGUGGACCCAGAGGUGGGCGGCGAUGAUUUCAUUGUCAUGAUUCCAUUACUUGACAGCUACAAUUUUAUUCAUCUGUACAUAGAUCAAUUUUGUAUGUAAGUAAUUUGACACAUUUGAAUGGUUUUAUGAAACAUUGUUUGUAGGUUCUCAUGUCGUAUUCCUGUCUCGACCAGGAUAGUUCUAAAAAAAAAAGCAUUGGUUUAUUGUUGAAGACAAAUACGAUUUUAAUGUUUAAGUGUCAUGUUUAUAACAUUCAAUUAUGUAAUUUUUUGUUAAAACUUCAAUUUUAGUUUCAUGGGCAAAAACAAUAUUAUUGUUAUGAGAAGAAUAAUGUCAUAUUCAUUUGUCUUGUAUAUUGUGAAACUUGUUUAAUUCUUGUUGUAUGUAGAAUUUUUAUAACUUGUUUCAAUUGGAUUGUCCACUAUUGUUUUUAAAUAAAAACAAACAAACAAAAA